ACUCGUCUCUUUAUCAGUCUUUUUUUUUUUUUAAAUGGCAGAAGCCAGUAUUUCUGAGGCUCAGGAUCAGUUCAGUUGUUCAAUCCGUCUGGAUCUACUGAAGAAUCCAGUGACUAUUCCCUGUGGACACAGUUACUGUAUGGACUGUAUUACAAACUGCUGGAAUCAGAAGAGAAUCUACAGCUGUCCUCAAUGCAGACAAACCUUCACAACAAGACCUGUUUUAGGUAAAAAUGUGGUGAUUUCUGAAAUGGUGGAGAAACUGAAGAAUACUUUUCAAUUGUCUCAUGUCUCUGAUCAUUGUAACGCUGGAUCUGGAGAUGUGGAGUGUGAUGUCUGUACUGAGAGAAAACUGAAAGCAGUCAAGUCUUGUCUAGUGUGUCUGAACUCUUACUGUCAAAAUCAUCUCGACCAGCAUGAGAAUCUCUUUAAAAGUAAAAAACACAAAGUGAUUGAUGCCACUGGACGACUACAAGAAAAUAUCUGCAGAAAACAUGAUAAACAACUGGAGAUCUACUGUCGUACUGAUGAGCAAUGCAUUUGUUAUUUGUGUACGAUGGAUGAACACAAAAACCACGACACUGUGACAGCUGUGACAGAGAGAACAGAGAAACAGACCCUUUUGUUUGAGACACAAAUAAAGUUUCAAGAGAGAAUUCAGGAGAGAGAGAAGGAUCUUCAGGAGUUGAGACAGGCUGUGGACUCUCAUAAGCGCUCUGCACAGACAGCAGUGGAGGACAGUGAGAGGAUCUUUACUCAACUCAUCCGCUCCAUAGAGAGAAGACGCUCUGAGGUGACACAACUGAUCAGAGAUCAGGAAAAGACUGUAGUGAGUCGAGCUGAAGGAGUCUUGAAGCGUCUGGAGCAGGAGAUUGAUGAUCUGAGGAGGAGAGACACUGAACUGAAGCAGUUUUUACACACAGAUGAUCACAUUCAUUUCCUGCAGAGUUUCAAGUCUUUGAAUGUGGCUCCUGGAUCUUCAGCUUUUUCCAACAUUACUGUCAGUUCUCAACCCUCUUUUGAUGAAGUAAUAAAAACUGUUUCUAAGCUAAAAGAAAAACUGGAGGAUUUCUGCAAAGAAGAGAUUGAAAAUAUAUCUGGCAGAGCAACAUACAUUGAGAUCAUUGCUUACAAAGAACCCAAAACAAUGGAGGAGUUCCUACAAUAUUCCAGGCUGUUCUCUCUGGAUUUAAACACACCAUAUGAAUGCAUCAAGCUGUCUGAAAACAAUAGUGUGGCUACAUACACUAAUACAGUCCAGCGGUAUCCUGAUCAUCCAGACAGAUUUGACUUCUGGCUGCAGGUGUUGUGUAGAGAGAGUGUGUGUGGACGCUGUUACUGGGAGGUUGAGAGGAGCGGUGUGGUGGGUAUAUCAGUGUCAUAUAAGAGCAUUAAAAGGAAGGGAUGGGGUGAUGAUUGUAAGUUUGGAUUAAAUGAUCAGUCCUGGAGAUUGUACUGCACUGACUCUAAAUGCUACUUCAUUCACAAUAGCAAAUCCACCUAUAUCACUUCAUUGUCCAGGUCCUGUAGAAUAGGAGUGUAUGUGGAUCACAGAGCAGGAGUUUUGUCCUUCUACAGCGUCUCUGACACAAUGACCCUCAUCCACAGAGUCCAGACCACAUUCACUCAACCUCUCUAUCCUGGGUUUUGGAUCUAUUCAAACUCAUCAGUAAAACUCUGUAAUCUUAUAAAAUAGAAGAAUUUUUUUUUCAGCUAAUAGUGUUUUAUCACAACUUUGACCUUCAUGGUUAAUAACCUCUUUAAUGACAAUUCUAAUAACUGCAUGUCAUUUAUUGUUAGAUAGUUCUAGUCUGGAUUAAUCUAAUUAUGGUUAUGGUUACUAUUGUACUGACAUAUUUUAUGUAGGAUCAAGCAACACAGCUUAAGAGUUUAUUCAGAUUUUUCUGUAUUUUAGGUAUGGAUCCCUUUUGUAUUUCAUUCAGAUUCAUUUUUUCUUUUUUGUUAGAUGUACUUUUAUUUUUGCUUUUAAAAAGAAUGAGUGUCACAUUAUGUUGUCAUUCUAUAGUAUGAGGUUUAAUACUGUAUACUUUAUUGGUUUGACACCAUGGCCCGGUUUCACAGACACAGUCUAGCUUAGUGUCUCAAGUAAACCAUUUGUACUCACCCAUGGUUUGUUUUAAAAUUUGGAAGAACGUCAGUAACCAAACAGCUCUCACCCCCAUUUACUGCAUAGUAGGGAACAUUAGCAGCCUUCAAUAGGGUAUGAGAUCUGUUUGAUUACUGACAUUCCUCCAAAUAUCUUCCUAAGUGUUUAGCAGAAAAAAGAAACGUAUACAGGUUUGGGACAAUCUGAGAGUGAAAAAUGCCUUUAAAUAGUCUGAAGUAAAGUUUGGGGGAAUUUCCAAUUUCCCAGCCACCCACAGAGAUGAUUGUUAACCUGCUUCUCCAUUCCUUUCACACUUGUCAUAGGAAUUUCAAACGCUGUCAGCAUAACUAACUAUUGUUGCCUAGUUACACAUUGUGACCAUUAACUCCUUCUAUGUCAUUCAUGCUGUACAAUUUAAUUUGAGUAAUAAUGGUAUAGUAUAUUAAUAAACUAUUAUAUUAUAUUGUAUUAUAUUAUAUUACAUGGGUGAGUACAAAUGGUUUAUUAUAUUAUGGAGAUGGUGGUCUAGUGGGUUAAACCACUGGUUUAAAACACUGGUAAUCAAAAGGAUGCUGGUUCGAUCCCAGCAGCCCCCACCAGUGUGUCCUUGAGCAAGACACUUUACUGCAUGUUGCUCCAGGGGGAUUGUCCCUGUAAUAAGUGCACUGUAAGUCGCUUUGGAUAAAAGCGUCUGCCAAAUGCCUAAAAAUGUAAAUGUAAAUUAUAUCAAACUCUUCUACCGGUUUUAUGUUCUAUAACAGUGGUUUUAUUCUAAUAAUAAACAAAGGGAAAAUUU